AUGGAUUGGAAGGCGCUGGUGCUCCUGCUGCUAUAUUCCCAUGCUCAGGCUACGGUGUCGCACAGGUGGAGCAGGGCAAAGCUCUUCCCUGCUGCUCAUCGGCCAAAGAGGUCAUCAUCCAUGCCAUUGAACCCAGUCCUGCAGACCUCCCUGGAGGAAGUGGAGCUGCUCUACCAGUUCCUGCUGGCCGAACUUGAGAUCAGCCCUGACCUGGACAUCUCCAUCAAGGAUGAGGAGCUGGCCUCCUUGAGGAAAGCCUUGAACUUCCACACCAUCUGCAAUGAUGUGAUCCCCAAACGCAUCCCAGACAUCCGCCGGCUGAGUGCCAGCCUGUCCAGCUACCCUGGCAUCCUCAAAAAAGAAGACUUUGAAAGGACACUGCUGACCCUCGCCUACACAGCCUACCGCACGGCCCUGUCCCAAGGGUAUCAGAAGGACAUCUGGGCCCAGUCCCUCCUUAGCCUCUUCCAGGCCCUGAGGCAUGACUUGAUGCGAUCCUCAGGCCCUGGAGUGUCUCCCUGA